GAUUGGAGGGAGGGGAUGGACCGGUAGACAGAUAGAUGGUACUGAUUACACAGAUUCCACAUCUGCUUUUCAGUAAACGUGUGCAUAAGGAUGCUGUGGUCCUGAGUCUGUACUGUUUGGGUGUGGGGACAAUCCAGGCAGUGCUAUUAUAUGGAUAGUGAAAGCCUCAGGAUCUCAACAGAAUGAAAUCAUUGUACAAAACAAAUAGCUACAGUGAGGGGAGAAUGUGUGAGACAGGGUGACACACCAGAGGGACUGAAGAAAAGAUUUUGGGGAGGGGAUAGAACAUAGAAUGGUACAGCACAGUAAAGGCCCAUCAGUCCACAAUGUUGUGCCAACCCUUAAACCCUGCCUCCCAUAUACCUGUAUUCCUCAAUAGACCCAUCUGAUCCUUGCUUCCUAAACCUCAUGUAUGCUGCCUUCUUCCUCCUGAGUAGAUUUUCCACCAAACUUGUCACCCAUGGUUACUUCACCCUACCAUUCUUUAUCUUCCUCACCAGGACAAAUUUAUCCCUAACAUCCUGCAAGAGGUUCCCUAAACAUUUCCCUGCAAAAACAUCAUCCUAAUUCACAUCUGCAAGUUCUAGCCUUAUAGCCUCAUAAUUUGCCCUUCCCCAGUUAAAAAUUUUCCUGUCCUCUCUGAUUCUGUCCUUUUCCAUGAUAAUGCUAAAGGCCAGGGAGCGGUGGUCACUGUCCCUCAGAUGCUCACCCACUGAGAGAUCUGUGACCUGACCUGGUUUGUUACCUAAUACUAGAUCUAGUAUGGCAUUCCCCCUAGUUGGCCUGUCAACAUACUGUGACAGGAAUCCAUCCUGGACACACUUAACAAACUCUGCCCUGACUAAACCAUUGGAACUAAUCAGGUGCCAAUCAAUAUUUGGGAAGUUAAAGUCACCCAUGAUAACAACCCUGUUAUUUUUGCACCUUUCCAAAAUCUGCCUCCCAAUCUGCUCCUCAGUAUCUCUGCUGCUACCAGGGGGCCUAUAGAAUAGCACCAGUAGAGUAACUGCUCCCUUACUGUUCCUAACUUCCACCCUUAUUGACUCAAGGAUUCUGCUACAUUACCCACCCUUUCUGUAGCUGUAAUAGUAUCCAUGGGAGGAGCCACCUCUCCUCCCCUUUUUCCCCCUCUCUAUCCCUUUUAAAGCACUGAAAUCCAGGAAUAUUGGGAAUCCAUUCCUGCCCUGGUGCCAGCCAAGUCUCUGUAAUGGCCACUACAUCAUAAUUCCAUGUAUGUAUCCAAGCUCUCGGUUCAUCACUUUUGUUCCUGAUGCUUCUUGCAUUGAAGUACACACACUUUAGCCCUUCUACCUUACUACAUUUACACCCUUUAUUCUGCUUCCCUUUCCUCAAAGCCUCUCUUUCUGUUAGAUUUGGCUUUACUCCAUGCAUUUCUUCCACUGCUCUAUCACUCCAGGUCCUAUCCCCCUUGCAAAUUAGUUUAAACCCUCCCGAACCAUGCUAGCAAACCUACCAGCAAGGAUAUUGCUCCCCCUCGAGUUCAGGUGCAACCCAUCCAAUCUGUACAGGUCCCACCUUCCUCAGAAGAGAUCCCAAUGAUCCAAAAAUCUAAAACCCUGCCCCCUGCACCAACUCCUCAGCCAUGUAUUCAACUGCCAUCUCCUCCAAUUCUUACCAUCACUAUCACGUAGUACUGGCAGCAAUCCUGAAAACGCCACCCCUGAGGUCCUGUUCUUCAGUCUUCUGCCUAGUUCCCGAAACUCACACUUCAGGACCUCAUCCCUCUUCCUGCCUAUGUCAUUGGUUCCAACAUGUAUCAUGACUUCUGGUUGCUUUCCCUCUCGUACCAGGAUGUCGUGCACCUGGUCAGAGAUAUACCAGACCCUGGCACCUGGGAGGCAACAAACCAUGCGGGUUUCCUUCUCACGUCCACAAAAUCUCCUGUCUGCUCCCCUGACGAUAGAGUCUCCAAUAACGACAGCUCUCCUCUUCUCCGUCCCAUCUUUCUACACCACAGGGUUAGACUCAGUGCCAGAGGCCCUGCCACCGUGGCUCACACCUGGUCGGUCAUCCCCACCAACAGCAUCCAGGAUGGUAAACUUAUUAUUCAGGGAAUGGCUACAGGGGUGCUCUGCACUACCUGUCUACUCACCUUCGCUUUCCCCCCUCGGACUGUCACCCAACGACCUGUUUCCAGCAGCCUAGGUGUGACUCCCUCCAUAGCUCUCAUCUAUGACUGCCUCAUUCUCCCUUAUGAGUCGAAGGUCAUCCAGCUGCUGCUCCAGAUUCCUCACACGAUCUUCCAUAUCGCCCAGCCGCAUAUGCAGAUGUGACUGCGGGAGAGGGGAGCUCCCCCAAGACUGGCACAUCUCACAUGAGAGGCACAUCACCGUCUCAGGAGGCCUAACUGGGAGCAAGCUUGUCCUCCGUCUCUUCUCAUUGAAGCCUCUCGAGCCAAAGCCUCAAAGCUCCACUCCCUCACUGGAAGAUGGGUGGAAAUUGGUGAUCACAGUGAUCAGUCUGCUGGGGCUCGCUCCCUUACUCUGAUUUAGCUCUGGACAUUUGUCCUCUGCAUCUGCUGUCUACUCUGUUCUGUUUCAAGCUUUCCUGGUUUUGAUUAAAGUUCAGCAGGAGAUGUGGACGCUUUUUCUCUCUGCACAGAUACUGUCUGAUCUGCUGAAUAUUUCCAACAUUCUCAGUCCUCAUUUACAAAAUGACAGCAGGGUGACGAUCGAGGUUAGGAAUGUAUAGAGCUGUUUCCCUCCACAGGGUGCUCGCAGUAGGAUUCCAGGCAAGUGGGCGAUGCAGAGGACGGCCACCCUCGUGGAGUGCCUGUGCCCCGCUUACAGCCCCCACAGCAGAAGGGCAGGAGAACCAGCAGACAGUGAAUUCCUUGCACUCUCUGUUAGUGGAUGUAACGAGAGUCCGGCAGCUGAAGAGUUGGGUAUUGCUGGCCGACAAGGCUUAUGUCAGCGAAACGGCCGACAUUUUGAAGGUGAUGGGAGCCAAGGGGAAGACAGUGGCGAGGAUCUUGCAGCGAUGUCCAGAAGCUGUUCUCUGUCCACCAUCUGAAACCAGGGCUCAAUGGGCAUUGUGGGCCUCUCUGUGCCCUAACAAGGAGGAGCUGCUGAGAAUGGUUGAGCAAUGUCCUGAAUCUUUCUUUAUCACCAAAGACUCCAAGAACUGGCAGGACAACGUCAGGUACCUGGAGCAGUUAAACCUAAACAGGAGGAUCAUCAGACGCUUGCUGGUCACAUGUCCACAGAUCUUCUGCAACGAUGUGGGGAGGAAUCGGGCUAUGGUUGAGGCUCUGCAGAAGGCCUUCCUUCAGCUGGGUGGGACCCAAGCCAACAUGAAUAUCUGGCUGGUGAAACUGUUGAGCCAGAAUCCCUUAGCCUUGCUGAAGCCUCCAGAGAAGCUGGUGGAGAACUUGACUUGUCUACAGACCAUGGGCUUCAGCCCUGUGGAGUGUCUGCAGCUCAUCACCAAACUCAAGGGGUUAAUCCUGGAGUUGUCCCCCAAUGGAAUGGAGGCUUGUGCUGGGUUCUGCCAGCAGGAACUGCACUGUAGCAGCGAAGAGCUGCGGAGUCUGGUACUGAGGUGCCCAGGCCUGUUGUACCUCUCAGUUGGGGUGUUGCAGGAGCGGCUACAGGCCAUCCUGAGGGAUGGGUUCUCUGUAGAGCAGGUGAGGGAGAGUCCAGCCAUUCUGGAGGUGUCCACACACAUUCUGCAGUACCGGCUGCAGAAACUGCGUGUGCUGGGUAACAACAAGGAGAGGGACAGCCUGGAUCUGUUGGCUGCAACCAGGAAGGACUUUGAGGCCGGUUAUGGAAAGAUGGCACAGAGGGAAGAGCGGCCGCUGUUUAAUCCAGUGGCUCCCUUAGAUGUCGAGAACUGAGGAUGGCAAGUUACUGACGGAAGUGAGUCAACUGUGGAAGUGUCUCCCACCACCGACCUAGAGCUGUCCACAUCCUGCUAACCAUGUUAGCAUAGUGGUUAGCGUGAUGUUACAGCUCAGGGCGUCAGAGCUCAGAGUUCAAUUCUGAUGUAUAUUCUCCCUGUGAGCACGUGAGAUUCCUCUGGGUGCUCCAGUUUCCUCCCACAGUCUAAAGAAUUACUGGUUGGUAGGUUAAUUUGUCAUUGAAAAUUGUCCUGUGAUUAAGUUAAGGUUAAAUCGUGGGUUGCCGGAUGGCACAGCUCAUUAACCAGAAGGGCCUGCUCUCUGCUGUAUCUCCAGAUAAAUAAAUAAAAUCACCAUGGCAAUGAAGUGUAGGUACCUCCACCAACCCGAAGCUGGGACCACCAUGGUUGUGUUACACCCACAACUCAGAGCUGAGCCAUCUCUCCUACCCAGGAAUGUCCCAGAGCUGAUCGGGAGGUAAUACUGUCUGAGUUUUAUGUUCUGUGUUUGGACUGUCAGGGAUGCUCAUGUGAAUUUAUCUAAAGCAAUAAACUGAAUUUACAGA